AUGGCGGCGAUGGAUCAGCCGCACACGUCGUCUAGAUGCGUGGUGCAGACCGCGUCUGCGACGCACGACUUCGUGAUCGCCAACUACUCGCUCAUCCGCUACCUGCCCCCAGGCGAGGCCGUCAGCUCCGGCAUCUUUAGCGUCGGCGGCUACGAGUGGACCAUCAUGUUCUACCCGGGCGGGACCCUCUACUACACGGACACCCAGUGUCACAUCCCUAGUUCUGCUGUCUUCCGUGCUUCGCCAUCCGACAGGUCGGGUUUUUUGGAUGUGGGCCGGACAUUGGAUCUGGCAUCACCGUGGUACCUCAACGACGACUGCCUGACCAUCAGGUGUGUCCUCGCCGUCAUCUUUGAACACACGGAGAACACCAAGAUCGGCCCGGCCGCACUGGUUCCGCGGCCGGACCUGCCCAGCCAUCUCAAGUGCAUGCUCACGGACGGGAAAGGCACGGACGUCACCUUUGAUGUGGGCGGCCGCUCCUUCCCUGCUCACAGGUGCCUGCUCGCAGCGAGGUCUCCCGUGUUCAACGCGGAGCUCUUUGGCCCGAUGAGGGAGAAAGACAUGAAAAUCAUCAAGAUUAACGACAUGGAGCCGGCGAUCUUUGAGCUGCUCAUACACUUCGUCUACAUGGAUUCGCUGCCAAACGACGGCGAAGACUGCAGCACCGCGGUGACACAACAUCUGCUCGUUGCCGCGGACCGGUAUGGGCUGGCCAGGCUGAAGCAGAUGUGCGACGCAAAGCUGCGCACAAGGCUGAACACUGAGACAGUGGCGGCGACGUUGGCGCUGGCAGAGCAGCACCACUGCCCGCUGCUUAGGGAGGCAUGCGAAGCGUUCAAGUCCUCCUCCGAAGUGAUGGCCCAUGUCGUGGCGAGCGACGGGCGACAGAUUCAAGGAUCUGGCGGGCUACAGCAUCGCUAA